AUCUUAUAUCAUCAGUGUUAUUGUGAACGUCAUGAAAAUCACAUUUUAAAACUAUCGAUUCAUAGAAUAAUUUGUUUAAGUGUACGUAUUUAAAAAAACAAAAAAUUAAUUAACAUUUCUUAAAAAAAUAAUUAGUGACAAAAAAUAAUUGUUUUAAAAAAUAUUUUACCAUGAGUGGAACACGAGCUAUUAUUUUCUGUUUGGCUAUUUUUCCAACAAUCAUUGUUUAUUGCAAUUCAUUCAGUUUUAUCGACAUUGUACAAAAUCCUAAUCUUGUUAAAAAUCACUUGGCUUGCAUUGAAGGAUUAAAAGAAUGUAGUCCGAUGGAAAACAAAAACAAAGAAUUAUUUUUCAAAUAUGCGAUAAACAAUUGCCAGGACUGUACACCAGAUGAACGUAACAAGAUACAAGUAUUAGUGUGGUUUUUGGAGAAAUAUUAUCCAACAGUGUACGCCGACCUUCAAAAUCUCGCAUCAAAAUUAGCUUCGUCAUACCAACAAUAUUAAACUUUACUUAUAUUGUCGAAAAAAAAGAAAAUUUUUUUAUAUAGAAAGAACAAAAAUUACUUUUAAAUGUAUAUAUGAAAAAAAAAUGAAAUUUUAAAAACAAAACCAAUGUUAUUUCAUUACAAAACUUUUGUAUAAUACUUGAAAGAAAAUUAAUUAUAUUGUAUAACAUCUUUUAUUUAUUCUAAAAUUAAAAAAUAUUCUCUAGAAAAAGAAAUUAAAUAAAAAAAUUUUUAAAAAUUAAA